ACAUGUACCUCUGGGCCUCCCCUAAACAGUAGACUGACAUGUACCUCUGGGCCUCCCCUAAACAGUAGACUGACAUGUACAUCUGGGCUUCCCCUAAACAGUAGACUGACAUGUACAUCUGGGCUUCCCCUAAACAGUAGACUGACAUGUACCUCUGGGCCUCCCCUAAACAGUAGACUGACAUGUACAUCUGGGCUUCCCCUAAACAGUAGACUGACAUGUACAUCUGGGCUUCCCCUAAACAGUAGACUGACAUGUACCUCUGGGCUUCCCCUAAACAGUAGACUGACAUGUACAUCUGGGCUUCCCCUAAACAGUAGACUGACAUGUACAUUUGGGCUUCCCCUAAACAGUAGACUGACAUGUACAUCUGAGCUUCCCCUAAACAGUAGACUGACAUGUACAUCUGGGCUUCCCCUAAACAGUAGACUGACAUGUACAUCUGGGCUUCCCCUAAACAGUAGACUGACAUGUACCUCUGGGCCUCCCCUAAACAGUAGACUGACAUGUACCUUUGUAAGUGUUUGUUCAGGUUUUUGGUGA